AGUUGGAGAUUGCGCAGUGCAUUGUGGGAUGUUGGCGUAACGUGUGCAAGAGGCGGCAAAAAUCAGCAUGGCAGACGACGAAGGAAAGACGUACAAGGCAGAAUAUGCCAAAAGUAGCCGGGCUUCGUGCAAACUGUGCAAGCUAAGCAUCCAAAAGGACUCCCUUAGGCUUGCUAGAAUGGUGCAGUCUCCUCAUUUUGAUGGGAAGAUUCCAAACUGGUUCCACUACUCCUGCUUCUUCAAGAAAUGUAAGCCAAACUCUACUGUAGAGUUCAGUGGAGUGACUGCCUUGCGGUGGGAUGACCAGGAAAAGCUUAAGAAAAACAUUGGUGGUGAGGGAUCAUCAGGAGGGGGUGAGACAGGUGGAGGAGACGAGGUAGAUGCACCUGGGGGCCUGGACGUCAGUGUAGAGUAUGCCAAGUCUAACAGAAGUACCUGCAGAGGGUGUUCUGAGAAGAUAGACAAGGGCUUGAUCAGAAUCUCCAAGAAGGUUGAUGAGGGAGACCAGUGGGGGCCCAAGGACCUGUGGCAUCAUGUGGACUGUUUUGUGGAAAAUAGAGAGGAGUUGGGUUUCACUACAGACAUGGCUCCCUCUGUCAUCCAAGGCUACAAGAACCUCAGCAAGGAUGACCAAGGUGUACUGGUCAAGAAGCUGGGACCAGGAACUACAGGGAAGCGGAAGGCAAAAGGUAGUAAUGGAGCUGCUGCCAAAAAAGUGAAGACAGAGGAAACAGAGGAAGAAAAGAAACUUAAGGAGCAGAGUAAGCUGGUGUGGAAGAUCCGUGAUGAGCUUUGCAAGUCUAUGGAAAACAGUGACCUGAAGGAACUGCUGUUGGCCAAUGACCAAGACAUUCCUAGUGGGGAGAGUGCUUUGCUGGACAGACUGAGUGAUGGCAUGGCGUUUGGGGCACUGCAGCGUUGUCCUGAGUGUAAACAAGGGCAGUUGUUCUACAGAAGUGAUGGGUACCACUGCUCAGGCAACCUUACAGAGUGGACCAAGUGUAUCUACACCACACGUGAACCUAAGAGGAAGAAGUGGAUCAUCCCUGCUGAUCUUAAGGAGGAGGUUCCCUUUUUGAAGAAGUUCAAGUCCAAGGUAGCUGCUCGGGUGUUCUCAGCUGCUCAUGUUGCUGCUGCAUCUGACACCACAGAUAGUUUCAGUUCCUCCUCCAGAGCUGGUGAAAAGCCAUUGAACAAUGUGAAGGUUGUUUUGGGUAAAACAACAAAGUCUAAACCAGAGAUGACUAAGGCAAUAGAGAAGCUAGGAGGGACUGUGGUGAGCAAGGUGGAUGGUUCUGUGGCCUGUGUCAUCAGCUCCAAAGAGGAUGUGCAGAAAAUGAGUAAGAAGAUUAAGGAUGCCAAAGCUGCUGAUGUCCAUGUUGUGUCAGAGGACUUUGUAACUGAUGUGGCAAAGGGUGGGGCUGCCUUACUCAUCAUGCAGAAGAGUAUCGCAACCUGGGGAUCUGAUCCCCACUCCAGAAUCUCCACAGUGGAAGAGAAACCAUCUAAGAGUAAGAGCAAGAGUAAAUAUGAAGAACUGGAUUCAGGCACCAAGAAACUGAAGAUGAUGGUGAAGGGUGGAGCAGCUGUAGACCCUGACUCAGGAAUUGAACAUUCUGCCCAUGUUGUUGAGGACAAGGGAAAGGUAUACAAUGCUGUACUUGGACUGGUAGACUUGGUAAGAGGCACAAACUCUUACUACAAGCUACAAGCCUUGGAGGCCGACAAGGGGAAUAGGUGGUAUGUGUUCAGGGCAUGGGGACGAGUAGGUACCACUGUGGGUGGUAACAAGCUGGAGACCUUCCAUUCCAGACAGGGGGCCCUGGAGCAGUUCCUCAACCUGUAUGAGGAGAAGACAGGGAAUGAAUUUGGAGCCAAGAACUUUGUGAAGUACCCAAAACGGUUUUACCCAUUAGACAUUGACUAUGGACAGGAGGAGGAGGAUCUGCAGAAGCUGAAGAUCAAACCAGGCUCCAAGUCUGCCCUGGCUCGUGAGGUUCAGGAAAUCAUACAGAUGAUCUUCGACAUUGAGAGCAUGAAGAAGGCCAUGGUGGAGUUUGAGAUUGACCUGAAGAAGAUGCCAUUAGGCAAGCUGUCACGGAAACAGAUUGAGAGUGCCUAUAGUGUGCUGACAGAACUGAAUGAGAUCCUGACAGGUGAGAAGAGUGCCACAAGAAUCCUUGAUGCCUCCAACCGAUUCUACACUCUCAUUCCUCAUGACUUUGGCAUGAAGAAACCACCCAUGUUGGAUAACGAGGAAGUCAUCAAGGCCAAGACUACCAUGCUGGAUAACCUGCUGGAGAUAGAAGUGGCCUACAAUCUACUGAAGAGUGGAGACGAUGGGGAGGGCAAGGACCCCAUUGAUGUUCACUAUGAGAAACUCAAGUGCAAGAUGGAGGUUGUGGAGAAGAGCUCGGAUGAGUUUACCAUGGUGCAGGAUUAUGUGAAGAACACCCAUGCCAAAACACACAGCCAUUACUCCUUGGAAGUAGAAGAGUUAUUCAAGAUUGCUAGGGAGGGAGAGGCAUCCCGAUACAGGCCCUUCCAGCAGCUGCACAACAGACAGCUUCUAUGGCACGGGUCACGUGUCACCAACUAUGCUGGCAUCCUUUCUCAGGGGCUCAGGAUUGCGCCCCCAGAAGCCCCUGUGACUGGCUACAUGUUCGGGAAGGGCCUGUACUUUGCUGACAUGGUGUCCAAGAGUGCGAACUACUGUGCUACGUCCACUGCUAGCCCCACGGGACUACUGCUGCUCUGUGAGGUGGCACUGGGAAACAUGUAUGAGAGAAAACAUGCAGAGUACGUCUCCAAACUCCCCAAAGGCACACACAGUACCAAAGGACUUGGAGCUACUGGCCCAGACCCUACAGCUACAAAGACACUUCCCAAUGGUACUCAGGUUCCCAUUGGCCAGGGUGUUCCCAGUGGGGUGACUGGAUCCAGUCUGCUGUAUAACGAGUACAUUGUGUACGACGUGGCCCAGGUGGAAAUGAAGUACCUGAUCAAGAUGAAGUUCAACUACAAGAGUCUGUGGUGAAGACCUACCUGUAGCGCAACCAGGUUCUGUAUGUGUUGUCUCUUCAAACAGGAGGAACAUUGUACAAGUCUUCCUUAAGUCACAAAAGGGUCUGAAAUAACAUGAUUGUGUAGCCAUUCUCAAGCUAAUGCUAACAUUUACUAAAACUGCCUCCUCGACAUUUAUAAAGAAUUAGUAGCUAUCAGUAAUAAUCAUGUAUGUACAAGCUGGAUGCUUGUAGUUUGACUGAUCACUUUAUUUUAAACCUUUAUGGUUAAGAAUCAUGCUUAAUGGGGUGUUACUGCUUCUCUGUAAACUCUCCCACUUGCUAAGGAGCAAGUUAUCAUCAACCUCUAACUUAGAAACAGAAAACAUUUAAAAAAGAGCCAGCCUGUUUCUGAAAUUAACAGUCCGAGUUAUGCCAGUAGAUCAGUACUUUAUGGAAUAGAUGGUAGAAAAUACUACAUGUAAUAGGAUUACUGGUAUGCAGCUUUUUCGUUGGCUUUAUUUUUUUCAAAACAUUGGAGACCUGGUUUAACAUGUUAGCACAAAGAUGACUUGGUUUAAAAGUGGAGGCAAAUGGUUUCAGUAUUUUUCAAGUUCAGUUCUGUGUAGAGGUAACAUCUAAGUUGUUGUCAUUAGUUGUGUUUAGUUGCCUUAUGUUAUUAUUUUGUUUUCCUCAGAUGAAGAUGAGAUUAUCUAUAUUACAGAAUUGCACAACAUGAACAAUACCAAAGUUGUAUUUACUCAACUGUAUCGUUAUAGAUGUAGUAAAACUUGCAUAACAACAUAACAUAACGAUAUGUUGUUUUAUCUGUAGUGCAAAGAUGAUUGUCCUUUACUGACAUACAGUACAUCUUAACCUCUCAGAAAAGAUGGUAGUCAAUAAAAAAGUCUACCCCCAAAA